AGAUUUAUUUAAAAAGAAAAAAAGGUUUAAUUAAAUGUUUUCCUCUUCCCCUUUAAUUUAUUUAACACCAACCAGGCGAGAACAAUAGUGUUCUCGCGUGACUCUGACGUCAUGCGACAGCUGCACAUCAGCGUCCUAAAUUGAUAGCACAGUUUAUAUGGUUGCAAAUCGCAGCUUAGGCAGAACCGCUGUGGGACUCUGAUGUGCAGCCGGGUGAUUACUCAACCAAGCGUUGCAAGAUUCACGGUUAGUCAAGAAGGAACUGGCCAGGUGCGUUGCAGAUCCCUCGCGCAAGGAGUGGCUGGAGGGAUCUUGACAAUAGCAAGGAUUGUCUGGUUUCACUGACCAGACUGGCGAGCUAAAAUAAGCAGGAUCCAGAAACACAAGACUUAUCUGGGAACAUUCUUCCGAACUAAUUGGAGGAUCAGCUCAAGUCCCCAUUGAAGGAAGUGGAUUAUUUUGGGUUUUUUUCAUCAUCAACAAAGACUGGUGGACGUCCUUGGUAUAAGGAACUUUAACUUGUUUUUUCCUUUAAACUAUGGACUAAUGUGUAUAUAUAUUGUAAAUACUAAAUACAACUCACCAAUUUGCACCAUCUUACUGUCUCUGUGCUUUACAAAUUGCCAUCUCCUCCAGUAGCCGAACCUAGCUAGACUUUAAGAACUGUUUGGAUAAAUUUUAAUUCUGAUUAUUUAAAAUCUUGUUAAUCCUUGAACGCAAUGUGGGUUACAUUACUUGGCGAGCUAGCCAGGAGGUUGUUGGCAUUUUGUUAAACACAAAUUUAUUUUUUCCUCCUGUCAUCACCAAUAUGGAUGAAUUUCAAAACCUUGAUGUAAAAAUUCCCAACUCUGUUUUGGUUGAAGGCAUUUCAGGUGAAGAUGAUAAAGAGGAAGUAUUUGACUUUUUGAAACAAUAUGGUAAGAUAACAAAGAUUGAAAUCAUUUCUGAAGCGGAUUCUGAGUUUGAGGGCCAGCUUGUGGUUGAAUUUAGCAGUGGUACAGUAGUAGCUGAAUUGCGUUCAAUUCUACCAUAUGCAUUCAAAUCAGCUGAGAAGUCAGAUACAUUUUUUAUUUCUGAAUUAGCUGUUGUAUAUGCAGAACAUGUUGCACGGAAUAAAACUAAUUCUUAUUUACUUGAGUUACAGAAACUUGCAAAGCAUUCUGGAGUGAACUUUGCAGAGGUGUUAAAAUCCACGAUGACUCAGAUUGGACAAUCAGUUGCUGAACUUCACUCAGCUGCUAAGAUGGAGGAUCCUGAUGAGAAGUCUGAGGUUAUGGCAGCAGCUGCAGAUCCAACAAUGAAGAAAGAGCCAACGUUGUCAACUACCGCUGAUCCUAAAGUUCCCAGACUGAGAAGUGAGCAGCAAUCUACUUCACGACAGAAACCUUCUCUUCAUGAUGGUGAUAUCCAACCACUUGAAGUCCAGCGCUACGUGGUGGAACACAUCAUGAAAGCUGAGGAAAGUGCUUACCAUCUACAAAGGCUCCGAGUGUUUUCUGGACGGCUGCCUAGACCAGCACAUGAAGCAGACUAUGAGACCUGGCAUUCAGGAGUGGAUCUGCUAUUAAAAGACCCAUCAGUUUCUGAGCUUCAGAGAUCGAGGAGGAUCGUGGAGAGUUUACUUCCCCCAGCCACUGAUAUGCUGAAACAUUUAAGUUCAGAUACUCCACCUACAGUGUAUCUGAACAUAUUGGAUUCGGCAUAUGGCACAGUACAAGAUGGAGAAGAACUUUUUGCAAAAUUCAUGGACACUUUCCAAGAUGCAGGGGAGAAGCCAUCUUCAUACCUCCAGCGGCUGCAGGUGAUGGUGGAGCAGUUGCUGCUUUAACCAAAUUGACUCAGCAGUUAGCAGAACAACUGACAGAUGUACAGCAGCAGCUGGCUAAGUUAACAUCCACCACCACCCAGCCAAGGAUUACAUCACAACCUAAGGUAACACACAGUUGAAGGUGCUGCUGGACAGUCUGUUCCGUAUCUGGGGUACGUGGAGCUGGUCAUCACAUUCCCUGAAGAUUUCAUAGGAGUAAACACAGAGGUACCAACUCUCGCUCUGGUGGUCCCAGAUACUAGUCCUGAUAGGCCAUCUGAUGUACUUAUUGGCAUGAACACACUAGAGCCACUGUAUGAACAACAUCUUAGCGGUAACCAUGUACAAUUCCAACCCAUGGCCCAAGGAUAUCGAGCGGUCCUGAAACUGCUACAGUUAAAACACCAGCAAAAUCAAUCAGGAAAUGCAGGAACUGUCAGGCUAUUAAGCACCACUCCAGUCCUUAUUUCACCUGGUCAAACUAUUGUCUUGGAGGGUUCUGUUAAAAACACCCCUCCAUCUGCAGAUAAGUGGGCCAUUGUUGAACACCCUAGCUCACCUUUACCAGGGGGCUUAUGUGUUCAGAGUUGUCUAAUUACAUUGCCACGGCAUCCACCAUAUAAAGUCCCAGUGAUCAUGAAGAAUGAAUCAGAGCAAGAGGUGUCUAUAUCACCAUUAACUAUUAUUGCAGACAUUGGGUCGGCACCUACUGUUUUGUCACAACAAAUCACAUCUCAAACCUCACAACGAACCACUUUGGAGUUUAACUUUGGAGACUCUCCUAUUCCACCUGAGUGGAAAGAACAUAUUAUCAACAAAAUGAACAGCAUGCCUGAAGUAUUUUCUCAUCAUGAUAUGGAUUUUGGCUGUACAGAUGCAGUUAAACAUACCAUUAAACUUAAUGAUGAAACGCCUUUUAAACACAGAGCAAGGCCAAUCCAUCCCCAAGAUCUGGAGGCAGUCCGUGAACAUCUUAGAGACCUGUUUGGAGCUGGCAUUAUAAGAGAGUCUAAAUCACCAUUUUCCUCUCCAAUAGUUGUGGUUCGGAAACGUAAUGGUUCCGUCCGGCUAUGCAUAGAUUACAGGAAACUGAAUCUGCAAACUAUCAAAGACGCAUAUGCCCUUCCUAAUUUGGAAGAAUCUUUUUGUGCUUUGACAGGAUCCAAAUGGUUCACUGUAUUGGAUUUAAAAUCUGGCUAUUAUCAAAUAGAGAUGGCAGAAGAAGAUAAGGCUAAAACAGCUUUUGUAACUCCCCUUGGAUUUUGGGAGUGGAACAGGAUGCCGCAAGGAAUUACAAAUGCACCUAGCACGUUUCAGCGGCUAAUGGAGAGAUGCAUGGGAGAUCUGCAUCUUAAAGAAGUCCUUGUCUUCCUCGAUGACAUCAUCAUCUUCUCUGCCACUCUGGAAGAGCAUGAGGAACGGUUGCUGCGUGUGCUCUCCCGGUUGAAGCAGUUUGGACUAAAGCUCUCUCCAGAGAAAUCCAAGCUGGAUGCUACAGGUCACCGGUGGUUAGCAGCACUGUCUACCUACUCAUUCCAAUUGCAGUACCGUGCUGGAAAACAGAAUUUGGAUGCUGAUGCUCUGUCCCGACGCUCACAUGAAGAUAUUUCUAGUGACCAGCACUGCCGAGAGAGAGAGCUCAUUCAACAUCUGACCAGUCAGUUGGGUAAUGGUAAAAACACCCAUGACAUUUCCCCUGAAAUUGUGGAUGCCAUCUGUCAGAGUUGUAUAAUCCGAACACAGAACCAAACUGAACUAAGUCGAUCUGUCGCACUGGUUGAAUCUCUAUCUGUCUCUGUUAACUCCAUCCCUGAUGGGUUCAGCAAUGAAGAGUUGCAUGGUUUGCCUCUAAUCCCCUCUCUAUCUCAGGGCGAUCUCCAAGAAGAGCAACAAGCUGACCCUGCUAUUCGUGAGGUCAUUCAUCAACUGGAGACUGGUGAGAAGGUCCUUCCAUCAGUUCGAGAGGAGCUACCUGACCUUCCUCUGCUCCUGAGAGAGUGGAACAGGUUAGAGUUGGUGGAUGGAAUCGUAUAUCGGAGAAGACAUGAUGGAGAUAAACUUAUCUACCAGCUAAUCCUACCGCCCAAGUUACGACCAGCUGUUUUAAAGAGCUUGCACCAUGAUAUGGGGCAUAUGGGCAUCGAAAGAACAAUUGAUCUGGUGCGCCAACGCUUUUUUUGGCCCAAAAUGACAUUAGAGGUGGAGACCUUUGUAAAAACCUGUGGUCGUUGCGUAAGGCGUAAAGCUCAAAUAGAAAGAGCAGCUCCAUUAAUAAAUAUUCAAACAAGCCGA